CGUUCCAUUUCUCAUCUCGCGAGAGUUCACUGCGCCCCCAAAAAUUAUGGACGUCGGUGGAAACGGUAGUGGGCUACCUGUAAACAAUAAGCAGAGAGCUAUGCUACCUAACAAAACCAGGGGCGAAUUUACCCGCAAUCAAAGAAAAGAUUCAGAGGGGCAGUCUGAGUUUCCAGAUCUGGAGUUUGAAUAUUCGGACACAGAUAAGUGGGCUGCAGAGCUGUCAGAGCUUUACAGUUAUACUGAAGGACCAGAGUUCGCUCUUAAUAGGAAGUGCUUUGAAGAGGAAUUCAGAGUUCAUGUGUCUGAUAAGAAGUGGACAGAGCUCGAUGAAGCUCAGCACAGAGCUCACGCUAUGCGCCUGUUGGACAGUCUUGAAGUCACUGCCCGGGAGAAGAGGCUGAAGGUUGCUAGAGCCAUUCUCUACAUGGCUCAGGGGACCUUUGCUGAGUGCAGCUCUGAGGUGGAGGUACAGCACUGGAUGAGAUACAACAUAUUUCUGCUGCUCGAUGUGGGGACCUUCUCUGCUCUGGUGGAACUACUCAACAUGGAGAUUGAUAACAGUGCUGCCUGCAGCAGCGCUGUCAGGAAACCAGCCAUCUCCCUGGCUGACAGCACAGAUCUCAGGGUGCUGCUUAACAUCAUGUACAUGAUGGUGGAAACCAUCCAACAGGACGACCCAGCCGACAAGCCCGAAUGGAUAACCAUCAAGGAGACCUUCAGGACAGAACUGGGAUCUCCUCUCUUCAACAACGAGCCCAUUUCCGUUAUGCUCUUUGGUAUGGUUACCAAAUUCUGCAGCGGUCAUGCGCCUCACUUCCCCAUGAAGAAAGUUUUGUUGCUGUUGUGGAAGAGCAUACUGUUCACACUCGGAGGGUUUGAGCGGCUGCAGAGCAUAAAGGUCCGUAAGAGAGAGGAACUGGGUCUCCCUCCUCUCCCGGAGGACAGCAUCCGAGUCAUUCGCAGCAUGAGAGCGGCUUCUCCUCCUGCAUCUGCAUCUGACCUCAUUGAGCAGCAACAAAAGCGGGCACGUCGUGAACACAAGGCGCUGAUAAAACAGGAUAACCUUGAUGCAUUCAAUGAAAAGGAUCCUUACAAGGCGGAUGACUCACGAGAAGAUGAAGAUGACAAUGAUGACAAUGAUAACUCUAUAGAAGCAGAAACUUUCCCUCUAGAGCGGGACGAGGUGAUGCCUCCACCUAUUCCUCAUCCUCCAUCGGAGAGGGUGUCCUUCCCAAAAGGUCUGCCGUGGGCUCCUAAAGUCAGGGAAAAAGAUAUUGAAAACUUCCUAGAAUCAAGUAGAAGUAAAUUCAUUGGUUACACUCUUGGAAGUGAUACAGAUACAGUGGUUGGAUUACCCAGGCCAAUUCACGAGAGCAUCAAGACCUUAAAGCAGCACAAGUAUGUCUCUAUAGCUGAACUACAGAUCAUAAAGGAGGAGGAAUUUCAGAAAACCCCUCUUUCUGGCGGUGAAGAGGAAGUGGAGACGUGUGCCACCGAGCUGCUUUAUCAUGGGAUUCUGCCCAGUUUGCCUCAAUACAUGAUUGCUCUGCUGAAGAUCCUGCUCGCUGCUGCUCCGACAUCCAAAGCUAAAACCGACUCCAUUAACAUCCUGGCAGACGUGCUGCCGGAGGAGAUGCCGACCACAGUGCUGCAAAGCAUGAAACUUGGUGUUGAUGUGAAUCGGCACAAAGAGAUCAUUGUGAAAGCCAUCUCUGCAAUUCUGCUGCUUCUCCUGAAACACUUCAAACUCAACCACAUCUACCAGUUUGAGUACAUGGCUCAGCACUUGGUGUUUGCCAACUGCAUCCCCCUCAUUCUCAAGUUCUUCAACCAGAACAUCAUGUCUUACAUCACAGCUAAGAACAGCAUUUCAGUACUCGACUUUCCGUACUGUGUGGUGCACGAGCUCCCAGAGUUAACCGCAGAGAGUUUGGAAGCGGGAGACAACAAUCAGUUUUGCUGGAGGAAUCUGUUUUCCUGUAUUAACCUGCUGAGGAUCCUCAACAAACUGACCAAAUGGAAGCACUCCAGAACAAUGAUGCUGGUCGUGUUUAAGUCGGCACCCAUCCUGAAAAGGGCGCUGAAGGUCAAGCAGGCAAUGAUGCAGCUGUAUGUCCUCAAGCUGCUCAAAGUGCAAACAAAAUACCUCGGACGUCAGUGGAGGAAGAGCAACAUGAAGACCAUGUCUGCCAUCUACCAGAAGGUCCGACAUCGCCUGAAUGACGACUGGGCGUACGGAAACGAUCUGGACGCUCGUCCGUGGGACUUCCAGGCCGAGGAGUGCGCUCUACGAGCCAACAUCGAGCGCUUCAACAGCCGCCGCUACGACAAGAGCCACAGCAAUCCCGACUUCCUGCCUGUGGACAACUGUCUGCAAAGUGUUCUGGGCCAACGAGUGGACCUGCCCGAGGACUUCCAAAUGAACUAUGACCUUUGGCUGGAGAGGGAAGUCUUCUCCAAACCUAUUUCCUGGGAAGAACUGCUACAGUGAGACUCGACCACCGUCAACAUUCUUGUAGUUUAUUCUUGUUUUUUUUGUUUUGUUUUUUAAACAGUUUCAGUCAGGUGUUCAGAUGAAGCACCACCAGUGCUCUCACUGAUCAACAGAACUCUUCUCUGAACAGAACAGUAUGCUACACAUUCUGUAUAGACUGAAGGUGACGGAUGGAUUUUAUUCUCAGUUUCCAGCAUGGAGGAGUGUUGUCGGGGGUCCUGCUAAAUGCUUUUGGUGUUUGAACUUUUGCCUUUUGAGAAAUUUUGCAUUGUUAUGAUUUCUGUGUAGUUUUUAGC